AUGCCAGUCGUCACUGUCAAAGCACAUAAAGGUCACCGUAAAAACUGGGACCUCAGCGCUGCUCUGAAUGAUUACGAGGAGCUCCGGCAGGUCCACACUGCCAACCUGCCGCAGGUCUUUAACGAGGGCCGCUACUACAAGCAGCCGGAGACGCGCGACACGCCCACCCAUGUCAACAAGAUCGACAGGCCGUGCGCGCAGAAGCAGGAGGACAAUGCCCAAGAGAAGCGUCUGUCCCGCGGGAUCUCCCAUGCCAGCUCUGCUAUCGUCUCCCUGGCUCGGCUGCAGGUGGCUAAUGAGUGCACGAGCGAGCAGUUCCCCUUAGAGAUGCCCAUUUACACAUUCCAGCUGCCCGACCUCAGCGUCUACAGCGAGGACUUUAGGAGCUUCAUAGAAAGAGAUCUGAUAGAGCAGUCCACCAUGAUGGCUCUGGAGCAGGCUGGACGUCUGAACUGGUGGUCCACCACGUGCACCAGCUGCAAGAAGCUCCUUCCUCUGGCCACCACGGGGGAUGGGAACUGCCUUCUGCACGCUGCCUCUUUAGGGAUGUGGGGCUUCCACGAUAGAGACCUGAUGCUGAGGAAGUCUCUGUACACCAUGAUGAAGAGCGGAGCGGAGAGAGAUGCCCUGAAGAGGAGGUGGAGGUGGCAGCAGACCCAGCAGAACAAGGAGUCGGGGCUGGUCUACACCGAGGAAGAGUGGGGGAGAGAGUGGAACGAGCUGCUGAAGUUGGCCUCCAGCGAGCCUCGAACUCAUCUCAGCAAAACUGGGAACGCCAGCGGAGGGGUGGAUAACUCCGAGGAUCCGGUCUACGAGAGUUUAGAGGAGUUCCAUGUGUUUGUGUUGGCCCACGUGCUGCGCAGGCCAAUUGUAGUGGUGGCUGACACGAUGCUCAGAGACUCAGGAGGAGAAGCAUUUGCUCCCAUCCCAUUUGGAGGGCUCUACCUGCCCCUGGAAGUGCCUCCGAGCCGCUGCCACUGCUCCCCUCUGGUCCUGGCCUACGAUCAGGCCCACUUCUCUGCGCUGGUGUCCAUGGAGCAGAGAGAUCAGCAGCGAGAGCAAGGCAUCAAGCAGGGAGUGGACAACAUGAAGGAACUGACUUAA